AUGGUUGGAGAUUUCGCCCAUGAGGUGCAUGGUCCAAUCAGCUUGGCAUGGCAUUCUGCUGUGACCUUUCUGCCCAGCAUGUUGCGUGCUGCUGUGUGCCUGACGGGCCACUUACGCACCGCCAUCUUGGAUCCCGUCCACCUUUUCAUCGAACCCCUCCAGCACUCCGUGCUCCGUGGCGUGGCGUUAAAAGACUCUGAAGACUCUGUGGAUGUGUUUGCGGUCACUGAUGCUGGAGAGGACUGCGAAAGAACCCGGGUGGUUCUUGAGCCACUGAAUCUGAAGGCAUUGCAAUGCAUCGCUGCAGUCGAAGAAGAUCCUGUACAGAGGCAACACGAAGAGCAGUGGUUGCAACAUGGCGCCAAGACCAUUUGGAAUCGAGCUGCUUUUCUGGGACAAUUGAAGAAGGUCCAAGCAUGCGAUCUGUUGAUGAGCGCAACGGGCGAACGCUAUGACUUGGUGGCCCGGUCACGCCUUGACGUACGCUGGCAUCAAUUUCCUGCAGAUGUGAGCAAAUUAGAAGUGCCUGGAAUCAUUUGGUUGGCACUUCGAUCAACGGAAUAUGCGAACUCGUACAUGAGUGAUCUUUUUGCCAUUGGCGGGCAUUUGGAAAUGAAACCAUACAUGCACGUCUACGAUGAAUUGCUUGACAGAGGCAACUGGGAACUUCACAAAUCCUUCGAAGACUCACCAGAUGGUUUGGACACUGAAGAACUGUGGCAGGUGACUUUGUUGAAGGCUGGUGUCCUGGCAAGGCAACACCCAGACAUUUGCUUCAAUUUGUUAUCUCGCAAGGCGUCCGAUCCUUCUUCUGAGCGCGAAGACAACUGCCGUCGGAAUCCACCGAGACAUCCCAACGGUUUUUGGACGGAUACCGAAUGGUCAGGUGCGCCUGUGGACACAAUGUCUGGCAUCUUUUCCUACGACGCUCUGCUCACGAUGAGGUUGUUGCACUUCUUUUAUGCGGAAUGGGCUCGAGUCGGCAGACCGGCCAAAGUGCUGGAUUUGGGAUGUGGCCGUGGCAGCAUGAUCGAACGGUGGCUAGGCUUCCAUCCCCCUAGCUUCGCCUGCAUCGACAAAUUGCCAGGGCUUCGGCAGCUUUUGGGGCACGACUUGAUCGAUUGGGAUCUAUCUCAAAAAGCUGACCUCAGGAGAAUCUUGUCCAGCCGUCAAUGCGAUUUGAUUGGAGGGAUCGAGUCUAUAGAUCGAUAUCUUAGCAGAGCUGCAGAUCAGGGAAUGUCCCGGGCAAUGGCUUUCAAGAAUCUUCUGAACUGUUGCUUCGCAGCCAAGUGCGUGGGCUUUAGCUCGCGUCCAGAAUCUGAAGAUGAAGAAGUCUUGUUAGUCUUCGAUCCAGAGGGUUUGGACAGCAGCCGCACGCUUUGGAUGUCGCGCCGGAACGUCUCUGAAGUGAACAAGCUCUCCUGGGCCACGCCUGCCGAUUGGGCGUUGCUCCUGGAUGUGGCACAAGACGUGCCGCAACUGGAAAGCUUGGUGGUAAACGUCAAUCACCUCGCAACGGAAGGUGUGAUCGUAACAUCUCCACCACGCGUGCUGGCAAGAUUGCAGCGGCUCUUGUACAAGUCUUCCUUUGUUCGUGACAGUCAGAGCGAAGUGCUGCUCCAGCCCUAUGCCCUGCUCCGUGGCCUGAGAGAAGGACAAGAACUGCAGGUCUAUCGACGAGGUGGUAGGACCGCAUGUUGCAAUGUUUUGCUGGUUUCUGGUGGCCUCAUAAGCAGAGCUGACCGCUGUGCAUGCUGUGCGGACUCCGUGACAGAGCUGAUCACCUGCGAGUGGAUUUUCGCUGGCAGAUUUCAUCCUUGGAGCUUUCCAACGCCUUUGGCAUGCACUUUGGAGCUCGAGUCUGAAAUCCAUGAAGGGAGCUGCGUUAUGGGCAUCACCAUGGGGUGCUCAGAUGAUGAAUACAUUUGGGUGAGCGAGUACUGCUUGGGUUGGUUCCGUCGGGGCAAGAGUCAGGGCGCUUGCUUGUCAGAUGCUGGGCCCACGGUGCAGCGGAGCGCUUGGGCCUACGAUGAGGUGAAGUCUCGGCAACUUGUCGAGUGCUACCUGCCUGAGAUCCCAGAUCCAGAGGCUGCAGAGCAGCUCAACGAGGAAACAAUGACGUUCUGUGAAGACUCCUUGAUGCAGGAACCUCUCCCGCUGUACUUCCAAGAAGGUGCUUGGCACUCCGCGGAGAUGCUGUGUCAACAUAUGGUUCUGAGCGUUCGCCUGGCCUUUGAUGCAGUGGUGGAGAUCAACGGCUACAGCCAGAUGCUGAAGGGUUCAGGUUGGCCAACCAGAAUCGCUCUCCGAGCUGGGCAAUGCUAUGCCUGGAAUGUGGCCCCUCUGUGGGGGGUGGUAAUGAGUUUUGAUAUAUGGAAGACAUCAACGCCGGAGGGUAUGGAGAAACUGCAGGAAAUGAGGACAGCGGAAGUCCGAAAAUCAAAACCAGGGCCUCCAAGUGGUUUACCGUUGGCCUGGGUGAUAGCAGACUUGCAAGUCCGAGCUGCAUCCAACAACUCCGGCAGCUUCGGGAUCUUGGGGCUGUACGAUUACCUGGACCCGGCUUCGGCCUGGGGCAAUGGCUCUCGAUUUUGGCGGGCCGCAGGAAACGUCACGGAGACCGGGGAAGGCGGAUCCUUGGCGAACCCGGGCGGCUCGUUCCAAGACGUGGACGGUCUGGCCUCACUGCUGUUGGCCGUGCGCCUGGCGGCAGCCAAAGUGCUGUCAGAGGAGGUGCCUGAGCUGAUGCUUCGUGCUGCCCGUGAUGCGCUUGCCAUGUCCAAUGGGCCAUUCAAAGACUAUGCGUAUCAGUUGCUGUUCUCCUUGACUGGUGAAACUGCAGAGAUGGAUGGUGAUGAGCCUCCAGCCAGGGUGGUAUUCACUGAUGAUGGUCCUAGACUACGCUUCAGACGCUUGAAGCACUUGCAACAGCGGAGUGUUGAAACUUGGGAAGAAAGCCACAAUUGCAAUGUUUAAAAAGCGAAAAUGAUGACACACUGAAUUCAGAGGUAGCCAAGUUUUGGACAAAUCAGCAUUUCCUUGUCGAGAUGUUGCAAGAUUGUCCCCCAAAGACAUUAGUUUCAAGUUUGAAGAAUUUGGACAUAUUUGGACUGGCAGUUCUUGGAUCAUAUUGGAUCCCUAGCUCCUUACGGCAGCGGCUUGCCGUUGCCAAUGGCGGCGCGGGCUGAGGUAACAGCCCUGUUGGGCGCUACCUCCACCAUACAGCGACCUUCGCCAGCAUCAACACGACGAAAA